AUGGGAUGUUUUGCUUACCACAAAGCCCGUAUCGCCAAGUUCCUGAAGAACUACUGGAUCAUCAUCGGGCCGAUCCUGUUCAGCCCGCUGCUGUUCUUCGGAAAGCCUCUCCAGUGCGUAUGGUGCAUCUGCCUGAUCGCCAGCUACUGGAUCGCCGGUGUGGGACCACUCGGGGUAACCUGUCUCCUCCCCGUGUUCCUGUUCCCCUUCUUCGGCUUCACCUCGGCCCAGAAGGUCGUCUCCUUCUUCUUCAAGGACACCUCCGUGAUGCUGUUCAUCACCCUCGGCAUGGGCAUCGUCGUCGAGGAGGUCAACCUGCAUCGGCGGAUUGCGCUGAAGAUGUUGUGCUGGAUGGGUACUCGUCCAAAUCGUCUCCUGUUCGGCUUCAUGUGCGUGACCUGCUUCGUGUCGUUCUUCCUCACCGACUCGGCCGCCACGGCAUUGAUGCUGCCGUUUGCGCUGGCGAUUUUGGAGGCGAAGGAGAGCGGAAAAAUGACCACGCCGGAUAGUGAAACCUCGACCCCCCCAACCCCGAGUACCAACCCGUCCAACGACACGUCCCAAAAAGAUGCCGGCAACAAGAGUCUCUCACUGGCUAGUCAAUCCGGAAAAGCGGCUGUGUCCAGCCCAGAGACGUCGUCCCGGAAGAGCUCGAACAAGAGCCAGAAGAAGAGCAGCUCCCAGAAGCCGAGCAGUUCUAAGAAGCAGAGCAGCGCCCGCAAACAGGGCGGGGCCGAGCAGCCGACGACGACCACCAUCGAGACGAACGCGUUCGCGACGGACGCGCAAAAAUCUCAGGAGCGCCUCGACAAGGCCGAGAUUGUCAGGAAGAACUUGGGUUUCCGCAAAGCCAUGAUCCUGGCCUGCUCGCAUGCGUCGCUCAUCGGCGGCACCGCCAUCAUUACCUCCACCGGCCCGAACCUCAUCUUCAAGGGCGAGCUCGAGACACGCUCCCACUCCCAGGACAACCAUCCCCCCUUCUUCCCAAUCGAGCUGCACGUCUCCUACUUCCAGUGGGCCGCCAUGGCAAUCCCGCCAGCCUUCCUGUACUUGGUCGCGUCGUACGCGGUGCUGAUCGUCUGCUUCUGCGGCUGUGGCGAGCUGCUGCUGUGGAGGAAGCCGGGAGCCGAGGAGCACCGGCAGCAGCUGAACAUCCGCGCCAUCAUCCACAACUCGUACGAGGAUCUGGGGCCGAUGACGUUCGCCGAAACCUCUGUGAUGUCGUGGUUCGGGGUGUUGGUGUUGCUGUGGGCCACCCGCGACCUCGGCUUCAUCCCCGGCUGGGGUGACUUGAUCUUUGAGCCGACGCACGCGAAGAUGAUGACCGAGUCGGUGGCGGGCAUCGUCGUGCUGUACGUGAUGUUCCUGUGGCCACGCUACGGGUUUGGGGAUGAACAGAGGACCAACGAAAACGACCGUAUCCUGACGUGGGCCCUGAUCCAGCAGAAGCUCAGCUGGUCGAUCAUCAUGCUCGUCGGCUGCGGCUUUUGCAUCUCUGAAGCUGUCAAGGGCAGCGGCCUUGCCAAGGAGGUCGAGCUACUGGUUCGCGGGCUGAGCGGCAUCCACCCGAUCAUGGUGCAGUUGAUCCUGCUCACCGCCGUCGUCGCCAUGACCGAGUUCAUGAGCAACGCCGGCACGGCCAACAUCUUCGUGCCGUUGUCGAUGGAGGCGGCAAAGGGCCUCAACUGGCACCCAUUCCGGCUUGGACUUCCGGCCGCCAUCGGACCGUCGCUGGCCUUCAUGCUCCCCAUGGCCACGCCCCCAAAUGCGCUGGUCUACGACACGGGAUACAUCUCGUUCUUCGAACUGUUCUACACGGGCGGCGUGCUGAACAUCUUCUGCAUCGCCGUCACCAUCGUCAACAUGAACACGUGGGCCUACUGGCUGCUGAACAUGAACGUCGACAUCUGGGGGAUGGCCACCCCGAUCACGCCCACGAACGCGACUACGAUGUUGCCUACCAACGCUACCAUCACAGCCGCCCCCAGUGUCGCUCAAUUCGAUUUG